GCACUGAAAAGAUUACGGUUGAACAAGAACGAGGAGCACAACAAACUGCUUUCUUCUACACCCCACAAACUCACUGUUUCAUAUAUCGUUGCUGUUCAAUACAAAGCGCAGACGUGAACAUCGGCUCCUACACAUUUCCUUUUUUCCACACCUCUCUUUUUCACCCUCACGCACACGCAUAAACGCUUCAGAGCUUCGAGCGUCUUUCCUUCUUUUAUCACACAAAUAGAACACUUUAACAUCCAUACACGCCAUAACAAUGAUGUAUGCUCAGCCCGCUCAGUCCGCGCAGCGCAACAAGCUGCCUCCUUUCCAAGGGGUCUCGCCGCGCGUGACGGCGCAGACGUACCAGAGCCACCGAGGAGAGUACGUCUCGAUCAUUUUCGAGCUCACGGGUCCCGGCGAGUUCAUGUGUGGGGCCUCUGGUCAGUCCGUGAAGGUGGUGGGCGUGCCCGAGGCGGUGGAGGUGAGCCGCGUGUGCGAGUUCAUUUGCUACGUUGACCCCGCCUCUGGUGACUUGACGUACUUUCAGCACGCGAUGCUGGAUGACGAGUUCGACUUUGAGGUGUACCGCCGUUUGGUGAGCCUGACCUCGAAGGUUCCCCAGCUCUUUUAA